AUCCUUGUCUCAUGAUCUCAUAUCAGAUCAAUCUAUAUAUAGCUACAGUUUGAUUUGUUGUUGAUAUGGGUACCCGUGGAAAGCUUGAGGUAGAUAUUGAUCUCAAGUCUAAACCAGACAAGUUCUGGGAAACCAUAAGGAACUCUACUGACAUAUUCCCUAAGGCCUUCCCAACUGAUUACAAAAGCAUUGACAUUCUUGAGGGUGAUGGCAAGGCUGCUGGCUCUAUCCGCCAUAUAACUUAUGCUGAAGGUUCACCAAUUGUGAAAUCAUCGAAAGAGAAGAUUUUGGCUGCAGAUGACACAAAGAAGACAGUGUCAUACGCUGUGAUCGAAGGGGACCUCCUAAAGUAUUACGACAAAUUCAUAGGACACAUCACAGUGACACCAAGUGGGGAGGGAUCCGAGGUGAAAUGGACUGCUGAGUACCACAAGGCUAGCCCUGAUGUGCCUGAUCCAACUGUCGUCAAAGAUUUUGCAGUCAAGAACUUCCUUGAGGUCGAUGCCUAUGUUCUAGCAAACGCAUAGACCCACCAUUUGCUACCAUAUAUUUAUCAUUAAAUAAUAUGGUUCUACCAUUUUCUCCUAUUUAAUAUAAUGUGCCUUGUCUCCAUUAGUGUUCGCCUAAUUAAGAAUCAUGUUUCUCUGUGGUAGUUUCUACCCAUUUAUUUGAGCAUGAAUAUGAUAAAUUGAAGCGUUACUACUC